GAAGCAGAGACACGUUUUCAGCAUCGCUGCAGAGACGAUGCUGCUGCUGCUGCAUGCUGGGAAACACCCAGCUCUGGUUCUGGUUCUGGUUCUGCCUGGUUCCAGGACGCAGCAGGUCAGCAGCCUGGUUCUGUCUGACCCAAACGGACCGAUGCACCGACUGCUGCUGGAAUUAUUGAUGUGAGGCGCAAAGAGGAACCAGGGGCUGAAAACUUUAAUGUUCACUAAGCGGUUCUGAUCCAACCGGGUAUGGAUGAACCAGCCCGGUUCAGAAGUUCUGCUCCAGGUCUUCCAUUGCUGUAAUGUGUGGUUCUGAACUGGUUCUGGUUCUGGUGAUACUAACCAGCACUGGUACCAUAAAGCUCAAACUCUCAGCUGGUCCAGAUCCAGAUCAGGUAGCAGAACCAGAACCAGCGCCUCCAUUCCAACAGGAAGUGCAACACGCUCCAACAGGAAGUUCAACCAUUAUAAACAGGAAGUGCAACACGCUCCAACAGGAAGUUCAACCAUUCCAACAGGAAGUGCAACACGCUCCAACAGGAAGUUCAACCAUUCCAACAGGAAGUGCAACACGCUCCAACAGGAAGUUCAACCAUUCCAACAGGAAGUGCAACACGCUCCGACAGGAAGCGCGACCCAUUACGGAAACCCUGAAAACAUCCUGGAACAGAAACACACAAACACCAACAAGAGGGAAGAAAGCAGGAUGUUCCCAGAUCCAUGCCAGGAAACUCUGGAGUGGAGGAGGCCUGCAGGAAGGUGGCGCUCUCUUCGUAAAAACAAAAUGGAGGACGCAGCGAUGGAGUGACCCCACCCAACCUGGUCAUCAACCGGAUGCCAAGCAUGAGGCGACAGUGGAGAGAAACAGGAAACCAGAACGUCCAUCAGAACCAGAACCCAAACCGGACCCCUGCUGGGAGCAACAGGCGGUUCCACCAGAACCAACCUGAACAGUGUGGAUUCUGGUCAGAACCAGAACAAACGUUUCUCUGGACCUGCAGGAUGUUUCAGGUGUUCAGAAACAGCCGACCUGCAGUAAAGGUAGAUUUUAUCUGCUGUGUUUUUGUUUCUGCAGGGAGCUGUUGCUAGGCAACCAGUAGGAAGUAUAAAGGUCCCGUUUCAGGAAAUGACCUCCCAGUUUACCCAUUAAAACCAUCAACUGUCAAAUUUUACUUUCCCUUCAAGUGCAAAAUAAAAAGCCGUAGCAGUUGCUGAACCGGACCGGACCGGACCCUGCAGCUUCCAGAACAAACAGGUCCAACGGGUCGAAGAGCUGCAGCAGCUUUGGACCCGGCCCACUCCAUUGGAACCAGAACCAGUGGGACAGAACAAACUGGGAGCAAUGGGAGCUGUGGGGCUCCGCCGACCCGCUGCGACAGCACCGCCUGCUUCCUGUCUUUGUUCAGAA